AUGCAAGCCCUACUCAUCAUUUCUCUCGCUAUUAGCUAUGCAGUUGCCAGGCCCUCAUUUCUUCAAGACGCUAUUAGCGAUCGAGCCGUAAUUGAUAAACCCGUAGAGUUAGCCCAAUUCCAACUCGAACCUUUCAACCUCACAAAUAUGCAUGUCGAAUGCAAUAAGGGAAACAAGAGUCCUCCAAUGUUUGGAUGUUCGAUCAACUUCAACUGGGACGACCCCAAUGCGAACCAAUCCUGCACUUGUCAGGAUUACUGGCAAUGGGACGGCAUCACACGAACACAGGGGCCCACGAACAACUAUAGCACAGAAUACUUGGUGUGCAAGGAUAAUAGAUUCGGAAUGUUCCAGUUCAAAUUCGUGGAUAUAUUCGAUUUAUCCAACUUCAGUCUUUCCCUCACGCAUAUGUACAAAGACAAUAAGAAUUUCCCAACACCCACAAUAGCGAAUAUGUUCUCUCAACCGAACAUAUCUCUGCAAUUAACCGAGAAGUCUAAUACUAUGAUGAGAUACUCCUCUGCAUGUCACUGCCCGAUAGAGGCAGAUAUCACUGGCAUGACGAUUUAG